AGUCCACUGCCCUUACUGAGCCCAGAUCCUCAUCUGCCCUGGGAGUGGGCCUCACCACAGACAAGCCGAGAACCUCUGGACCCCCAGAGCUGCCCGCCCCCCUCAUUGGACCUGCAUUGGAGGUUAUCUCCUAAGCAGAUACCCCUGUCCAAACUGGGAAUGAAGGGCUUGGAAGCUAGAAAAUGCGAGGUCUGAGCGAGAGAAAAGAACAAGCCCAGCAGCACACAGAGCUCUGUGUAUUCAGAGGGAAGUUGGCAGAGUUGUGCCUGGGCAGAGAAACUCUGAGUGGUACAAAGGGACGUGCCCAGAGUGGAGAAAUCAUGCUAAUUGUCUGCACCAGAGCUGGAGAACGCCACCCAAAAUGAAGAGAGAAAAGGGAACCCUGUCCAGAGCCUCCAGGGGCCUGCGCCUGGCUCCUUUUGUCUACCUGCUUCUCAUCCUGCCAGACCCCCUGGAGGGGGUGAACAUCACCAGCCCAGUGCGUCUCAUCCAUGGCACGGUGGGGAAGUCGGCCCUGCUUUCUGUGCAGUACAGCAGCACCAGCAGCGACAAGCCCGUGGUGAAGUGGCAGCUGAAGCGUGACAAGCCGGUGACUGUGGUGCAGUCCAUUGGCACGGAGGUCAUUGGCACCCUGCGGCCUGACUAUCGAGACCGUAUCCGGCUCUUUGAAAAUGGCUCCUUGCUUCUCAGUGACCUGCAGCUGGCUGAUGAGGGCACCUAUGAGGUGGAGAUCUCCAUCACUGAUGACACCUUCACUGGGGAGAAGACCAUCAAUCUCACUGUGGAUGUGCCCAUUUCAAGGCCACAGGUGUUAGUGGCUUCGACCACUGUGCUGGAGCUCAGUGAAGCCUUCACCCUCAACUGUUCCCAUGAGAAUGGCACCAAGCCCAGCUACACCUGGCUGAAGGAUGGCAAGCCCCUCCUCAAUGACUCCCGAAUGCACCUGUCCCCCGAUCAAAAGGUGCUCACCAUCACCCGAGUGCUCAUGGAGGAUGAUGACCUAUACAGCUGCAUGGUGGAGAACCCUAUCAGCCAGGUCCGCAGCCUGCCUGUCAAGAUCACCGUGUACAGAAGAAGCUCCCUCUAUAUCAUCUUGUCUACAGGAGGCAUCUUCCUCCUUGUGACCCUGGUGACAGUCUGUGCCUGCUGGAAACCCUCCAAAAAGUCUAGGAAGAAGAGGAAGCUGGAGAAGCAAAACUCCUUGGAAUACAUGGACCAGAACGAUGACCGCCUCAAAUCAGAAGCAGACACCCUGCCAAGAAGUGGAGAACAGGAGCGGAAGAACCCAAUGGCACUCUACAUCCUGAAGGACAAGGAUUCCCCGGAAUCGGAGGAGAACCCGGCUCCAGAGCCUCGGAGCACCACAGAGCCGGGUCCGCCCGGCUACUCCGUAUCUCCGCCGGUGCCGGGCCGCUCUCCUGGGCUGCCCAUCCGCUCAGCCCGUCGCUACCCGCGCUCGCCCGCGCGCUCCCCGGCUACCGGGCGGACGCACACGUCGCCUCCCAGGGCUCCGAGUUCGCCGGGCCGCUCGCGCAGCGCCUCACGCACACUGCGGACUGCGGGAGUGCACAUAAUCCGCGAGCAAGAUGAGGCCGGGCAGGUGGAAAUCAGCGCCUGAGCAGCCUUGGGAGCCCGCUGCAGUUACCCGCGGUCUGCGGCCGGCCGCCCGGGGGGGGAGGGCUGAGAAGUCCCGGCACCGCUGACCAGGGGCGAGGGGAGGUCACCGUCUGGUCCUCUUCAGGGUGCACACGCGUGUGAGCAUGCGCAAAUGGGGAGCGGUGGAGCUGAUCUGGGUGUUAAACCCAGUUGCUUGGGCACUGGGUUUACUGUGUUCUCUGGCUGUGUUCUCAGUGGGCAUGGGCUGUGCCCUCUUAGGACUACAUAGAUUAUUAAAUUUCCGGCCCAAUCUUUGAAAGGGUUUUAUGGGAACUAACAUCAGUAAUCUUACCCCUAAAACCAUCCUAUUCCUGGGCACUCUUAUGCUCCCUCCUCCCAUUCCUCCUCCAAACCCUGAUACCUGGGGUCCUUUUUCUGUUUUGUUUUGUUUUGUUUUUGUUUUUGUUUGCAAGCCCUGAUUAGAGGCCAGUUACCCAAAGCUUACAACUGCCCUUAGCUAAAGAGAAGUCUGAUGCCAGUUCCUGGGUGUACACGACUUGUUCAGAGUACCUAUCACUGUCUACAGCACCUUCUUUGGGCGCCUGGUUCCCCAUCCCUACAAGUGGUGACGGGGAGCCCCUGGCACACAUCCCUUUGUCAGGGAACCUGGGACCAAACAGGACAAAGCAUCAGGCUUCUAGUGCAUGGCUGCCUCAGAUGCCUCCCUCAGCAGUGGCAUGCCAUGCAGGGCAUUCCUCUCCUCUGUUCAUGGCAAGGUGGGUGGGCUUAUUCCUCUAGAGAUGUGCAUGGCCACACACAGCUGACCCAGAAGAUGCACCUGACAAGCAACUGCUUUUAACCACUCACACUCUUCUCCAUGGCUUUCUUAGGAAACAAGCUUUCAAACAAUCAUUCCCAGGAAGGUGGAGGAGCUUCUUCCAACUUUAAGAAAGUAAGACUCUACUCUUGGGACAAAUGUGGAGAGAGGAGGCCUAUUGUUCCCUAGCAUGUUGGGUAGGGCAACAAUGACCCAACCCCUGGCCUUCUGCCUCACACCUGCCUUGCUCCUAGAUAGAUGCUCAGACCCCAGGCCAGUGGACAGACAAAGCAGGCUCCCUAAUCCUUCCUAACAUCAUAGUACCAAAGGACUGGGCCACUGUGUAGUUGGGCCAUGCCCAGGUGGCCCCUUCUUUGAACAGUUUGAAGGAUAGGAAAUUACCUACUGUGUGAAGACAGAAGGCACAUAAAUAGCUGAAAGACAAGGAGACCCCGGGUGUUCUGUCCUCCCUUCUCUAAUGCCCCAGGAGCCCUUGCAUUUCUGGCUCCUCCUUAACUCCUAAGCUUCAACUCUGCCUCCACACCACCCAUGAACAUCUCCCAAGGCCCUGUAUCCAUCACCUCCACACCAGAGCACACUUUGUCCCAGCCUCACAGGCACCAAAAUUUCUGGUUUGCCCAAAUUUCCUCACCCCACGAGCAUGCCUCCCAGCUUCCUCUCCCUAUCAACCCUACUCCUGCUCAUAUAAGCAGGAUGUCUGCAGCUCCCCUCACUUAGCCAAAAUCCACAGUCCCCUAACCUUGUCAAGUGCCUGAUCUGUCAUGAUAUAGUGCAUGUAGGUGACAGUGCAAGCAGGUAGAAGAUGUAAGGCUUAGAGAAGGAAUACCUGCUGGUCAGCCUUAAGAUACAGGCAUGAAGGUUAGGGUGAGAUGAGAGUAUGCCACAUCCUGGUGCUGAAUCUUGGAGGGGCUGGCUUCCAAUAUUCAAGUCAAAUUUGCCUUAAAUUGGGGGUAAGUAAGGAAGUGGUUUUCUGUUUUUAUUUUGUUUUGUUUUGAUCUUCUUCUUUGUAUUACUAGCAUCUAGCAGAGUGCCUAGCACAUGCUAGAUGCGCAAUAAACUUUUGAUGAAAUGAAA